CCACCCUCGACGCUCUACAGCUCGUGCUUGCUGCUGCGGCACGCAGCGCCCAGCGCCAUGUCGUCCGACGCCGCCUUCACCGCGGCGCGCUCGCGGCCCGCGCCGUCGCUGCACGCACAGCCGGCCGUGCUGCCGUCGUCGUACCGCGCGCUGCUCGUUCCCGGCCAUCCCGAGUCGGCCGCAGGGCCCAGUGCCGAUGCCGGCGCACACCUGCUCUCCGACGGCGGUCCAUCGCGCCGCCUGCUUGCGCCGCCCAGCCACGGCGCAGGCGUCGCACUGCACUUUCCGCCGCAUCCGUCGGGCGUGCGAGACGAUGACUUGACAUCAGAUGCGGCUCGGCGCGCCGGCUACCCAGGCUGGCACCGCGCGGUGCUCGAGCGCGACGUCGACAUCAGCGUUGACUGGUCGCUGCUGCCACAGCCGGCAGACGAGGCCGAGAUGCUGCCAUCAGCAGUGCAUCCCUCGUACCCGACCGGACACCCCUAUCGCCGGCCGCGACCGUACAUCUCCACGCCGAAGCUUUCGUCGCUGCUGCACAGCAACCUGGCGCUGCUCGGUCCGUCCAUCGGCCCGGCGAAGGGGAGCAAGAACCAGGCGGAGUCAGGCGAAGGCAGCGAUGCCGCUCUCGCUCGCCCACUGAAGGGUCUGGCGCCACACGUGCUGCUGCGAGCAGCGACCGACACGGCGGCGAACCCGCCGCACUGGCCCUUCCGCCGCUUCGGCCCCGGUCCCGGCGGCGCAUCUGCUCUGCAACGCCACGCUGCGCGGCAUCCGCAUCGUCCGACACGAGACGUCUGGGCAGAUCUGGGCCUCUCGGAGAUCCUGCCGCUCGGCGUCGAGCAGGAUCCGCUGAAGAUGGGCGUCGCCGAGGCGCGCGAGGAGCUGCCGCUGGCGAUGAAUGAGCACGGCGAGGAGGAGGAGAUCGACGAGGAGGGCCUGCUGGGACAGAUCGGCAUGACGCAGGCAGACAAGCUGGCCGCCGAGCUCGAGGGCCUCGCUGCGCGCAACCGGCCGCCGGGCGACGAGACGCUCGCAGACUGGGCGGCCGCGCUGCCGCUGCUGCACGAGCGCCGGCGCUGGGGCGUCAAGGCUGAGUGACGGUUGAUGCGGUGACGUGUGUUUCUAGUGUACAGUAGCGCUCCAGGCAAUACCACGGGUCAUGUUCGAG